AACCCCAUUUACUUAGACAGGAAUAUUUAAUGACUUAAAUGAAACUCUCAUGAUUUAUUUCUCUAGAAUUCUUCCAAUGUCUGCAUUGUUUUCGGAUUACUUUAUUCACAGCAUAUGGCAUCUUUCUGAUCGAAGUCUGUGGAGGUUCUUAUUUCCAUUGAUAAACCAUUGUUGCAGGAGCUGGCUUAUUGAUAGUAGGGCAAUUGCAAAGAAAGUAAAAAAUGCCUCCUGUUCUUCUUCCAUUCAAAUCACUGGCUGUGGGGCACAUCGUCAAUGUCCUAACUGCCAUCACCGUAUUGAUAACAGUGAUGUUUCUCCUCAGUGGCCUGGCCUUCCAACUGGUGUCAAGUUUGAUCCAUCUGAUGCAGAGCUUUUAGAGCAUUUAGCAGCUAAAUGCGGUGUUGGAAACUCAAAAGCACACCUGUUUAUUGAUGAGUUUAUCCCGACGCUUGAAGAGGAUCAGGGAAUUUGCUACACUCAUUCUGAAAAUCUUCCACGAGCAAAGACGGAUGGAAGUAGUAUCCACUUCCUUCAUCGAACGAUUAAUGCUUAUGCUACUGGUCAGCGAAAGCACCGAAAAAUCAAGAAUCAAUGUAGUGCAAAUGAGGAGCAUGUUCGCUGGCAUAAGACAGGAAAGACCAAACCUGUCAUAGAAAGUAGAGUUCAAAAGGGCUGGAAGAAGAUCAUGGUUCUCUAUAAAAGUUCAAAGAGAGGGUGCAGAGCAGGAAAGUCAAAUUGGGUGAUGCAUCAGUACCAUCUAGGGACUGAAGAAGAAGAGCAUGAUGGGGAAUAUGUGGUUUCUAAAAUUUCCUAUCAACAGCAGAAACAAACUGAUAAGAAUGAUGACAGCCUAAUGAUUGAAGAACCAGAUGACUUGACAAUUUGCGCUAGUCCAAGGACCCCUAAAACUAAUCCACUUCGGCCAUGUAAAUCCAUAAAAUACCAUGAUGCAGUCGAAAAUAUGCACCAGGAAUCAGAAUUUGCUGCAGAAGGAUCUCACCUCCCUCAGCUUGCUGUUCACUGUGAGGAUGAUUUGGACUAUCCAGCAUGGUUGGCAGGGGAAUCUCAGGCUGCCGUAAAUUCUGACUUGAAUUGUUUGGGUAAUUCUUUGCUAUGCAGUGAGCUUAUGGAUUCAUCUUCCCUGCUAAAGAAUUCAGUAAAGAAUCAAGUCUCAUUUACUGGCUGUGCUCAUGGAUCAGUUGAGAUGACAGGGAAUACUGAUCCGUCCUGUGGAAUUUCUGUGCUUGAGAACUUAGAGUUUGACACACCCCCAGAUUUACCCUUAGCUGAUCUACAAUUUGGCUCUCAGGAAAGCAUUCGUUCAUGGUUAGAUCGGUUAUGAAGAACUAAAGCGAAGCAGAAACUCCCCAAGGACAGAGUCCAAAUUUUGAGCACUUCUUAGGGCUAAGAUUUGUCUUGCUUCCAGAGGCAUAGAGAGUUUGUUCAUACAGACUUUUACAAAAGCAGCCUAAUCUUUUGCUGCGGUACAUGUAAGAAACACAAAUAUUUGGUCUUGCAUUGCAACAAAAACAUGUAACUACGACAUUAUUACCAUCUCACUUCUGUCUUUCUAGUUUUUUAUCUCAGAGAGGACAGGGGACAGGAACUAUA